CGAACCCUCAAAACAAGUGUCAGGGUGCUCUACCAGCUAUGUACAAUCAGCUGGAGUAUAUUGUGAUUACAAUUUUUGCGGCGUUUAGUCAUAAAUCCCGUGUAGGAUGUUGGUUUCAGGUGUUUUGUAAUACAAGGUAUAAUGUAUGUACCUUUCUUUACAAUAGUGGUGAAAUCCACGGAAUGUUCCACAUAGGAACAGCUGACGACAAUGCCGCACCGAAAAUAUGAACGAGAUAUGAAGGAUUACAAGGAGUAUCAUUAAAUCAAAUGUUUGCUAAUUAACAACCAGGGUAAAGCCAGAGGUUAGAAGGCACACGUGCCUCCAGCACCCCUGCUCUCCUCUUCCAGAGUGUGACUCGUCGGUCCCCACGACGUCACCAAUGCGACCAUGGGAAAUAGCAGUGAAUAGGCGGCCACCGACAGCCCCCUUGAACCAGAGGAGGUUCCUAGGAGAGCCCUGCAACACACCAGUGCACCUCAGGAGAAGCCCGCCAGUGAGACGACAGUGGGGGAGUCGAGACCGACCGGUUGUACUCCACAGCGCCUUGCUCCAGGACUUCCACCACCCUCUCUUCUCCCAGCAACAUCAGCAGGUUCUUUUAGAUGAGUCCAGACAAUACAGCCACGCCAGUGCACCGCCACGCAUGCUUCACCCUGUCGCACACCCACCUCAGCAUCAACAGACCCCCGUCAUGGUGGAGCUACACGACCAGGGAUCCGUUCCCAUCUCUUACACUGUUACCACGGUGACGACGCACGGUUUCCCCAUCCACGCCGGGCAACCUCUCCCAGGGUGCAACAGUCAGCAGCUCCCAGCAUGCUCGGUAAUGUUCAGCGGACAGCUCUCUCUGCUCUGCUGCCUUCCUCCUCCUCUCAUCCAAGCCUGUACAAUGCAGCAUUUGCCAGUGUCUUACCAAGCUUUCCCACCCCUGAUCUCCAGCGAACAUUUUAUAUUGCACCCCAACCCUCCGGGGCCGCCCCCCCACCACCAGCCUCCUCACCUUACUCGUCUCAGCCAGUUUCUCCCUCUCCAGAGGCAGCACCCACGCAUGCCUCUCCAGAGGGUAGAGAAUGAAGUGGACCUCAGGGGGGACCAGCAUCCAUUAGGAACGUUCUCUUACCCUGCCUCGAGUCACCACCACCCACCAGCGAUGCCUCCCUCUGUCCCCCUCCAGUACCUCCCUCAGGAGCCUCUGCACCAGGAGAUGCCCUUCUCAGUGCCAUACCCCCAGAUGCUGCCGCGACGUGUCAGUGGCCACAGGUACCGGUUCCAGCAGCCCCUGCCCCCGCCGCUGCCACCUCCCUACUACCCAGGCUUCCUGCCGUACUUCCUGUCGCUGCUUCCUGCGCCUCCUACAGCAGUGGGACCAGCCAUCAGUCUGGACCUGGAUGUAGAUGAUGUGGAGAUGGAGAACUAUGAGGCAUUACUGAACCUGGCUGAACGGCUGGGAGAGGCUAAACCACGAGGAAUCACCAAGGCAGACAUUGAACAGCUUCCAUCCUACAGGUUCAACCUCGACAACCAUCAAUCUGAACAAACGCUGUGUGUUGUGUGCUUUAGUGACUUUGAGUGUAGGCAGCUACUGAGGGUAUUACCCUGCAACCACGAGUUCCACGCUAACUGUGUCGACAAAUGGUUAAAGACCAAUCGCACUUGUCCAAUCUGCCGGGCGAACGCGUCAGAGGUGCACCGCGAGGUGGAGUGAGUGAUACCCAGGCUUUUGGUGGAGUGAGUGAUACCCAGGCUUUUGGUGGAGUGAGUGAUACCCAGGCUUUUGGUGGAGUGAGUGAUACCCAGGCUUUUGGUGGAGUGAGUGAUACCCAGGCUUUUGGUGGAGUGAGUGAUACCCAGGCUUUUGGUGGAGUGAGUGAUACCCAGGCUUUUGGUGGAGUGAGUGAUACCCAGGCUUUUGGUGGAGUGAGUGAUACCCAGGCUUUUGGUGGAGUGAGUGAUUCCCAGGCUUUUGGUGGAGUGAGUGAUACCCAGGCUUUUGGAUCUUUGAUUGGAAAGCAGCACAAAACUAAACCCACAGAGUCUGUCUGUCUGUCUUAGCGCCUGCCUGGGGACGCCUGCCACCUACCCUGCCUGUGUCCUGCACCCCCCCCACAACUACUCCUGCCCCACCUCAACAACAAUAAGCAAUCUAAGAUUGUAUGUUUGAAGCCCCUCCCUCGGUCGUACCUCUGCUGUGCUUCUACUGCUGCGUCUGAUGAAAAAGCUUCUGCCUGCUACCAACCCAUAGCCACAGAGUAGUCCAGUCUGUCUGCCUGGGAUAGCCAUUGAUCCACCACCUCGAUCUGCUCCUCUGCCUGCCCCAGUGUUGCAGAUUCCAAAGAUGUGACCUACCAUAUGUUGCUAUCGUCGUAGGGCUUUUACGUUUACAAGUUUUUACUUUUUUUUUUGUUAUCUUGUGGUUUUGGUUAGUUCUUUGUGACAGAGGGGAGUUGGAGCUUCCUGCAUGGGAGAUGGUGAUGGGGGGGGUUUAAGGACCUGGUGGAGCGGAGAGAGGGGUCACACAUUGUUAAAUCAGCAGGACAAUAAUAGGAAUACUUCAACACGGUUAAAACUGUAGGAGACGAGACCAUUCCACUGGCUUGGAGGAGAAGUCUGGCUGACUGACUGUCAUAGUACUGUAGGAGACGAGACCAUUCCACUGGCUUGGAGGAGAAGUCUGGCUGACUGACUGUCAUAGUACUGUAGGAGACGAGACCAUUCCACUGGCUUGGAGGAGAAGUCUGGCUGACUGACUGUCAUAGUACUGUAGGAGACGAGACCAUUCCACUGGCUUGGAGGAGAAGUCUGGCUGACUGACUGUCAUAGUACUGUAGGAGACGAGACCAUUCCACUGGCUUGGAGGAGAAGUCUGGCUGACUGACUGUCAUAGUACUGUAGGAGACGAGACCAUUCCACUGGCUUGGAGGAGAAGUCUGGCUGACUGACUGUCAUAGUACUGUAGGAGACGAGACCAUUCCACUGGCUUGGAGGAGAAGUCUGGCUGACUGACUGUCAUAGUACUGUAGGAGACGAGACCAUUCCACUGGCUUGGAGGAGAAGUCUGGCUGACUGACUGUCAUAGUACUGUAGGAGACGAGACCAUUCCACUGGCUUGGAGGAGAAGUCUGGCUGACUGACUGUCAUAGUACUGUAGGAGACGAGACCAUUCCACUGGCUUGGAGGAGAAGUCUGGCUGACUGACUGUCAUAGUACUGUAGGAGACGAGACCAUUCCACUGGCUUGGAGGAGAAGUCUGGCUGACUGACUGUCAUAGUACUGUAGGAGACGAGACCAUUCCACUGGCUUGGAGGAGAAGUCUGGCUGACUGACCGUCAUAGUACUGUAGGAGACGAGACCAUUCCACUGGCUUGGAGGAGAAGUCUGGCUGACUGACUGUCAUAGUACUGUAGGAGACGAGACCAUUCCACUGGCUUGGAGGAGAAGUCUGGCUGACUGACUGUCAUAGUACUGUAGGAGACGAGACCAUUCCACUGGCUUGGAGGAGAAGUCUGGCUGACUGACCGUCAUAGGUGCAUGUUUGUGUAGGUGACUGAUGGGCAAAGUGACCUGUUAAUAAUGUAUGUUUUGCAAUAAUGUAUUGAUGAUUUCAAUAGUUCGUUCCCUUUUGUUUGUGUUCUUUUUCAAUCUGCUAAUGCUAUUGUGAAAGUGUGACUUGCUGUGGUUAAAAUUAGCCUGAGGUUAUGGACACAUCUGGCACUGAGAAGGAUGGUCCACCACCGACCUGUUGAGGAUAUAUCCGCUCCUCCCUGUUGUUCCACACUGUGAUACACAACUGACUGGACGGAGGGAUGGAUGAGUGGAGGAAGAGGAGAGAUUAUGCUGUGGAGUUUACUUUGUCGUUCUGGUGAAGGGUCCUCAGAUUGGCCCCCGGAGAGAGGAGAGGAGGGGACAAAGCACUGCCUCUCUGUAAAGUCAUCUGCCCUUUCUGCACAAUGACCGCAUCCAUCCUCCUUGCCAACCUUGGCCCUCUGGGGAAAACCUGUGUGUGAGAGAGAGUCUGCUAGAUUCUGGGCAGCGCUGAAGGAUUUGCAUAGACUGUUGAUUUUAAACUAGCAAUAUUUUAACCAAGUAUCGGGCACAACAUUUUAAAUGAAGAAAAAAAACAAGCAAACAAAUACAAGGAAUGCUGGCUCACCCAGAGAGAGAGAGGGGGGGUUCUGCUGCACCUCUGCAUCGGUGAGGGGGCCUUCACUACCCCAGUAUCACCCACACUGACUGACUGCUGCUGUGGAGCUUGAUUUAUAAAGCGGUAUGUGCAAUGAGUGAUGGGUUUUAACGUGGACAUUUUUCUUCCUGUUUCUGGAAGAACCAGGCUUUUAUCUCUUUGUUUGUGAGCCAAAUAUUCAAUAUUACAUGUAUAUAUAAAAUAUAUAUAUAUACUCUUUCAAGAUUUCAGAUAUGCCUUCUCAAGACCUUGAUAAGCACAAACCUAUUAUUACUUACUAAUCUUUAAAAAGAAAAGAAAUCCCUUUGUCAUUUCCACUUGUUUUUAAGAGUAUAGUUUUUAAAUGGUGUUAUUUAUUGGUUUUUAGCUAUCUUAGAGACAACGUGUUGAAGGACGAGGUCAGAGCACUAACAUGGAAGUGUGUGAUUUAAAUGGUAUGUGUUCUAAUCUAAAGGCAACUUAACUUGGUCAGGUCUUGUUGUUAGGCCGUGCUAACUAAUGGUGUUGUAAAAAGAUGAAGUGUUUGUCUGCUGCAUAGCUUCGGUGUGAAAGCUUCUCGAUAAUCGUCUUGUUUUUGAAGACAAAAGAAUGUUCUAACUCCCUGUUGUAAACAUCUCUAGUGACCUGACAAGACAGACGCUCUGUCCCAGCUGGGCUGACUGUACUUUCACAGUGAUGAUCAGGACAGGAAGGGGUUCGGAGACGAAGAGGGAGGGAGGGAGGAGUGGUGUUGGUAGAGUGAUACUGUUGGACAUCUAUAGGAGUGUGUCCCAAAUGGUGCCCUAUGUAGUGCACUACUUUUGACCAGGGCCCACAGGGUAGUGCACUACUUUUGACCAGGGCCCAUAGGGACUAGUGCACUAUAUAUAGUAAUAGGGUUCCACUUGGGACUGUCGUCAUCUUUGUUCAGAUUUCCAAAAAGGAAUGUUGUUGGGGUAAAAAAAAUCAUAUAUAAAAUGUCAGUCCGGGUGUCUUUUGUAAGUGUUGUGUGAGUAGGGAGCCUCCUUUCUACUCCCAACUGCCCCAAUAAGCACUGCGAGGCAGAUGUACCUUUUCGGAUGGACACUUUGCUUUCUUGUGUAAAAGGACCUUGCCAUGUUUUCUAUAGCGAAUGUGAGUCUCUUUGUGACGUGUGUUACCACCUUUUAAAGAAGAAGAAAAAGCCAUCUUGAUGAGUUUAAAGUAAAACCCCACAGUUUUGAGAGUUAAUCUGUGUACAUAUCUGUCCACUGGCAUAAAUAAAAUAAAAUAAAAUUACCUCAGGGCUUCUCGGUAUAUAAGAAUAAAGGAAAACGGUCUAUUUUAAUGGGACAGAUACCAUGAAAGGAUUGGUGGUGGAUUUGAAUUUUUCUUGGUUAUCCUCAGCCCACGCAUAUUUUUAAUUUAAUUUAUUCAAAUACUAGUAAUAAUAAUAAUUGUUUGAAUUAUAAUUUUAAAAAAUGCCAGAGUAGUGGAUAUUGCAUCAUAUAAUCAUACAUUUAGUUUGUGUUCUUGAACAAUAACCACACCACGUACAGACAUGCAUACUUACAUAACGGCUGUGAUCCAAUUUUAAAACGUGCCAUUGAUGCACACUAUCCUACCUAAAAAACACUUCCUGAAACAACUCUAAAGGUAUUUGCAUGAUUUUUAAAAAAUUAAUAAAACCAAGUGUGUAUUUUCAGUGAAAGAUAUCUAGCCAUGGGGGACGGUGGACUAUUUAACGGUGCACAAUAUGCAUGUCCUACCAGGUCCCAAGUCCCAACUGUUUUUUUUAGCUAGCUCUAGUUGGCUUCGGGUCCGUUCUUCAGAUGGAGGUCCGUUACUGCUCAGCUGAUAACUGCCAUGUGUUGUACUGCACACGUUUGUAACAGAACUUAAUCACUACAAGAUUUAAUUUGCGCUUUUUAUUAAAAAUAAAAGUGGUCUGGACUUGGAACUGGGGAGAAAUCCAGGAUUUUAAAGUUGUUUGUUUUAUAGUAUGUCUGCUAUGUUAUUAUUGCCUCAGAUAAUAAACAUGUCUGGAACUUUAGGUCACUGAAAAGCCAUAGUGAAAAACCAUUCUGAUCUGAUUUAGGUAUGAUGCUGUUUUGACAUGUGGAUCUGAUCGGAGGGAUUCUUAGAGCAUGUUGCUAUGGUAAUAGCCUUAAAAAGGUCAGUUACAUUCAACACAGUUAAAGGACAUUUAAAAAAUAAAAAAGUUAGUCAAACUAAUAACCUCCUACUUUAUUCUCAAUGUAGAUUUGACAUCUAGAUAGUUUUUUUUUAUUCACUUAUUGAAACAGUCGCGUCGUGGUUUUGGGAGUAAACAUCUAUUUGGCAGGCUUUAAUGACCAUAUUGUAAAGGCUGAAGUCAUUUUAAAAUCAAAACAUAACGACGAAUGAAAAAAUAGAAUCUUGUAGUCUUUUCUGUGAUCCAAUUAAUGAAUAAUCUCACAGCUUGUGUGGUGCAAAGGAAAACAAAUAGAAGAAAAUGGUGUUCCAAUAAUAAGCAGCUUAAAAUCAUUUUAUUUAGGAUUUGAUUUCGUGGUUGCGCCGUAGAUUUCCACUGUUUUCCAAUGAUGUGUUGCUGUGGUGGGAAUAGUGGUCUGUUUACUGAUUCUACUGUUCCCUGCAGCUUCUAGGGGGGCUCCCACCCAACAGGCCAGGGGCAUGUUCGGUGUUAGAAACCAGAUGUUUGCUUUGGUACUUGCACAUUUACAGUUACCUCAAUUUUGCCAUGUUUGGAUUUUGAAAAAAAUAAAUAACAGCUAAUAUGUUAUAUAUAUAUUAGGAAAAUGGUUCUUAAUGCUAUGUUUUCAUUCCAUUGGAAUCAUAUUGUUUGUAGCAUUUAACUAGUUAUAGUGUAUUAUAUAUAUACACACCUGUAUACUGAUUGACAUUUUUCAGAUUUGUACUUUUUUAAACUGAAAGUUGCUAGUUCUGCUUUACCGAGUCGUGCAAUCAUUUAUUUUUUAUUUUUAUCGUGGCUGAUUUGAGAGUGUUGUUCACUAAUAAACGUAUGAUGUAUACCAAUA